UUAUCUUCUUUUUCAUUUCAUGCCCAAAUAGCAAUAGGAAAGCUCCAAUGAACUUCACCCUUCUCUUCCACUUCUUAAACCAUCAAUGGAACUCUCCUUCCUCCCUUCUCAUCAAAGCACCUUAACUCUCCUCCACAACCCUUACUUCUCACUCUCCUUUUCAGGGAAGAGACUACCGAAGAGAAAACCAUUUCUUUUGCAAUGCUACUGUAAACUGUCAUCUUCUGAUGAUAAAAACUCAAAGCCACCACUUUUUUCUUUGCAACAUGAUCAGGGAAGAAGGGCAUUGCUUGCUUCUCUCCUCACACCUAUUGCUGCAAUGUAUGCCUCUGAUGUGGCUGAGGCAGCUAGCACAAGUCGAAGAGCUCUUAGAGGAGCUAAAAUACCUGAGAGUGAAUUCACAACUCUUCCCAAUGGGCUCAAGUACUAUGAUUUGAAGGUUGGCAGUGGACUUAAGGCUGUGAAGGGAUCUCGGGUUGCAGUUCAUUAUGUCGCGAAAUGGAGAGGCGUCACGUUUAUGACUAGCAGACAAGGACUCGGUGUUGGAGGGGGCACGCCUUAUGGAUUUGAUAUUGGCCAAUCUGAAAGAGGAAAUGUGCUUAAGGGAUUGGAUCUUGGUGUUGAAGGAAUGCGGGUCGGAGGCCAGAGACUGCUGAUAGUUCCUCCAGAGCUAGCAUAUGGGAAAAAGGGAGUCCAGGAAAUCCCCCCAAAUGCAACCAUUGAGUUGGAUGUUGAGCUAUUGUCAAUCAAACAAAGCCCAUUUGGAACUCCUGUUAAGGUGAUUGAAGGUUGAUGAUGAGUUAAAGGAACAAAGCUGUGGAAAGUAUGCUCUCUUGAGCUUUAAAUAAAAUAUCAUUGAUUUUUAUAGCUUGUAUAAAACUUGUAUACAUCUUCUUCUGGCUAGAAAACCAACCCAGUUGUGAUUCA